AUGUCAACCAACCGCCCAUUCCUGGCCAACUUUCUGGCCGCCUUCCGCGCCCAGUCAACCUAUAAAGCAACCUCCCAGCCCGUGGGCAGCGGCGGCACCUCCUCCCUCUCUAGCGCCCAAAUCUCCCAGAGCGCCCGCGCUAUCGCCACAAAAGCCGCCAGCUCAGCACAGGCAGGCUCAUCGUCAAGCGGUUCAGGCUCCACGUCCUCUCACCACUCGCACCACAAUCACCACACGCAUACUUCAUCGACCUCCGCAUCAGCGGGCACAGCGGGGCCCGUGCAAGGACCCGCCCCGGCCCCGGCCCACCACUAUCACCACUCUACUGCCCAGGCCGAUUCCUCGCUCCCUUCCUCGCCGCCGACGACCCCAGCUUCGUCAACCCCUAUCCCGAUCAACCGGGGCCCGGCUGACCGUCAGCGUCGAGGCAGUGAUAGUUCCAGUGGCUCUGGCGGGUUCCGCGAUGCUAUAGGGCCCGAGAAGUGGUAUAUUGGGGGCCGGACACCGGCUGGUGAAGAACGGUUCUACCGUCUUGGUAUGGUCACCAAGGGUGGCGGGCGGCUUGGGGGUAGUGGACGGGUUGGAAGCAUUGAUCAGUUGAGUCUGUGA